GUCUUUUGAUGGAAAGAUCGUGCUCAUAGCUCUAGGACUCAGGUGCAAAGACUACUUGUCAAUGACCACAAAAAGUCGCUAUGAACUUAAUCUAACUCAUUCAACCUCAAAACUUUGGUUGAUCUUUUAGGACACUAUGCAUAUCCUGCCUGCCGCACUGCAGACUGUUAAUAUCCUCUUAUCUUGUCUUCUUCCUCGAUCACAAUCCACAGACAUGGGGAUCCCCAAAUGCCCGACCUGGACGCCUCUUUCGUCCGUUCACAUCGACCUCUCUGAUUCUGACUCGAGCAGCUCUGCGAGCGACACCACUACAUAUAGCGAAAUUUCGUCUGACUCAUCCUCGGUGGAUAGUGUACUAUCCGAAAAAACACCCGUCACUGCCAUAAAACUCUUGCGUUUGCCGCCCUUCUACUGGGAUCUCGAAGAUCAUAUAGGUGGUAAUCCAGACUCUGAAGACUCGGAGGUUGAACCGCUGUCUCUCGCAAUACCAAAUGCGGUGUCAGAUGACACAAGCACUAGGAAAAGGAGUUUCUCGCGCUUAGAGCCCAUCAAUCAAGCGCAAGAGCAUAAGCGCCAACGUUCCAGUUCGAGCCCAUUCUCGCAAAGUCCAGAGCCUACAAAAAGUUCAGAGACCGAACCUGGCGAUCGAGGUUCUGAAGAGCGAGGAGAAGUGGAUCUCGAAUACCACUAUCGGUGUAUGCAAGAGACAUUGGACCAGCUCCGUGAGUCAACAGUACGCAUGAGAGAGAUUAAGGCACUCUUACGUCAAGGUCGGGUUGCACAGAGAACCCCUCUCGAAGACUCGGAACUUGGAGGGAAGGCUGCAGCUGUUCAAGCUUUGAUGAGUUAUUGGGCGACAACGACCAGGUUGCGAGAUGAUUUUGCAGAAGGUCGCGCAGAUGCUGCCGGAUUUGCUUGGGGAAGACAGCUCGCUGUAGAGACUCUCGAUGGACUAUUGAAGGAUGCUGAGAGGGAGUGUAUGGCUGUCGUAUCACAGAAACAAGGGGCAGAGUCGCACAUAUCAAAGUGCGAGAGAGAAAUUGUCGAUGAGCAAGUCGUGCAGAAGGUGUUGAAGGCCAGAUUGCACAGAGCUACGGCACCUUAGCUUGUAUCUCAGUGUCGAAAGUUGUCGUAGUUGCACGGUUGGGGUCCGAGCCAGUGAUCAUCGUGCUCCGUUCCCAGACUCAGAGCCAGACUUCUGUCGAGUAUGGCCGUCGAGACGUCUUUUUGUUUGCCAGUAUGAGGAACACUGCUGUUCUCAAC